AAUAAUUUCAGAGCGCGCGUGUAGGCAAGUGCUGCUCGUGUGUGUGUGUGUGUGCGCGCGCGUUGCGCGAAAAAUUAAUAAAUGCAGAAAGAGAGAGAGACUGGAAUUUUGAUCGUAUCUCUAUUCUAUAAAAUUUAGCGCACCGUCGCACCGUCGUCGCGUUCGUUCGAAAGUCGCUUACUUUCGAAUUACGAGUCGUUCCUUUUGGUUAUGUAGCGCGAUCACGUGGUACGGCGCGCCGCGCAUGCCAAGUAAGCGAGAUUGCGAGUGAGUGACACGAGAUAACCUCCUAACGACGCUUCUGUCAAACUUACCUCUUCGGUCGAACCUACGUGGGCUUUUAACGCUUUUUAAAAUGUCAUCCGUUAAGCUGCUGGAGGACAGAAUUGCUAACUUGGAGAAGCAAGUGUACGGGAUCGGCAAGACAGUUAAUAUUGACGAUCCCGCACCGGCGAAGGCUAUCAUCGACCGCCUCCUGGAUGUCAACUCGUUAAUCUACUCAGCGCUAUCAGGCAUAGAGAAGCCAAACCUGGUUAUCAAGCGAUUGCCGGAGCUGAAUGGCUACUUGGAGCCCAUUUCCGAGGACGUCGACAUGCCCACAAGUGCUAAAAGGCAGCUGUUGUUGACGAUGGAAUCGGAUAUCGUGGAGAAUCACAAACUGUUAACCAAAGUGGAGGAACUCGCGCCUGUCUUACAGUCGGAGCGUAUAAAAUGUGUACCCGAAUUAAGUAGCACUUUCAACAAGUUGUCGCUGUCAUAUCUCAGGGCGUAUGAAAAUUCGGAGGAGCUGAGCGCUCACGUACGCGAUCUCUUAUCUAAGUACAACGCAGUCGUACACAGUAUAUCGGAAUCAUUAAUUACUUUGGAUGCUGUGGUCGCAGCUGCGGAAUUAGCAGCCGCGCCAAAGAAACCAAUGGAAGAUUGAAUGAAGCGAUCAUUCCUCUGUCUUUCCUUGGUCUGUCAUUCUUAAUUUAUAUCGCGUUUUAGUUUCCACGUUAAUCUUAUUCUAACAGAAAUUCAAUUUUAUCAGUAAUCUUUUAAAUUUAUUUGUUAUCUUUGUCCUAUAUUUAUUGUAGCGAAAUGAAAUUUUAGAAAAGAAAUGCGUGAUUCGGAGCGGGAAGAAGAUACGAGGGUCUGUUUAAAAUACAUUUAUUUACCACUUUUACUUGAAAUAUAAAAAUACGCGUUCAUCAGUGACUAUAUGCAUACGUGAACAUACCUUACUGUUCAAUCUCUAUAUAUAACAAUGCAUUUUAUUAAAAUAAUCAUAUAUUAUAUACAUUUAUCCUAUCUAUUGCUUAAUUCUAUCCAUUGUUCAUUUCAGAAAUCCUGUUUUAGGAUCUCUGAGACAAACUGUCGAUUCGUAUAUAAUCAGACGUGUCUCGGUCUCUUAUUAUUAAUUGUUUCAUAAUUGAUGUACAAAGGAAAAAAUAUCCGAACUAUCACAAAAGUAGUUUUAAGUCGAUUACAGAUUAAAUUGAAGCGAAUUUCAUGUAAACUAGCAGUAAGAAAUUUUGUAAAUAAAAAAAUGGAAAUUC